GAGCCACGGUAAAUGAUCCACGGCAUCGCCUUCUAGACCAUUCUUAUCCGGUCAGGACCAGUUCCACCGGCCGUUACUCCGUCCGUCUGAAGAAUCGAUUUCGCAAGUUUCUCCCAAAACGGAGGCAAACUGAAAUGCUUCUGAUCGUCAUCACCGCUUUAGCUCUGCUGCCGCUCCCUGUUUUGGAAAACCGUACUUCUCCAAAACCCUAAUCUGUCUCUUUCUGUCGGAACUUGCUGAAUUUAAAAUUAUUGGACGAAUUUCCUGUUACUCGAUCCACAAAAAUGGACACGCACUCGUCGCAAUUGAACGCACCAGUGCGUUCUCGAAGCUCACAAUCUCCGUCACCGUCCCACUCAGCUUCGGCCUCGGCUUCCGCAACAUCCUCUAUCCACAAGCGCAAGCGCGAGCGCGCGUCGGACGACCACGCGCCGCCUUUCCCCUCAUCGUUCUCCGACACCCGCGACGGCGCCCUGACCUCCAACGACGACCUCGAGAGCAUCAGCGCCCGCGGAGCCGACUCUGAAUCCGAAGAAGAGUCCGAGGAGGUGGUUGACGAUGACGAAGAAGAUUACGAUGGUUCGUCGAUGCGGACCUUUACUGCCUCGAGGUUGGGCAAUGCUGAGCUGCCUUCCAGAAAUACCAAACUCAAAACUGACAAUUCGGCCGUCAAGGUUGAGCCUUCGGAGGUUCCGAAAGACGGUGCAACUGUUGGUGGUUCCGCUGCACCAACCUCCGCGAAUUCGGUUCCGGGCAUUGUAGUGAAGGAGGAUAGUGUGAAAAGUAUAUUUACGGAGAAUAUACAGACUAGUGGUGCUUAUUGUGCAAGGGAAGAGACUUUAAAGAGAGAGGAGGAAGCUGGAAGACUUAAGUUUGUAUGUGUUUCAAAUGAUGGUAUUGAUGAGCAUAUGGUUUGGUUGAUAGGAUUGAAGAAUAUAUUUGCCAGGCAACUUCCUAACAUGCCUAAGGAGUACAUUGUUCGUCUUGUGAUGGAUAGGAGCCACAAAUCUGUGAUGGUUGUUAGACGUAAUCUGGUUGUUGGACGUAGUCUGGUUGUUGGUGGCAUAACAUACCGGCCUUAUGUCAGCCAAAAGUUCGGGGAGAUUGCUUUUUGUGCAAUUACAUCAGAUGAGCAAGUAAAAGGUUAUGGCACCAGACUGAUGAAUCACUUAAAGCAGCAUGCUCGUGAUGUUGAUGGCUUAACUCAUUUUCUCACUUAUGCUGACAAUAAUGCCGUUGGUUAUUUUAUUAAACAGGGGUUUACGAAAGAGAUUUACUUAGAGAAAGAACGGUGGCACGGCUACAUUAAAGAUUAUGAUGGAGGAAUCCUUAUGGAAUGCAAAAUCGAUCCAAAGCUUCCAUACACUGAUUUAUCAACUAUGAUACGCCGUCAGAGGCAGGCAAUUGAUGAAAAGAUAAGGGAGUUGUCAAAUUGUCACAUUGUCUACCCUGGGAUUGAUUUUCAGAAGAAAGAAGCUGGUAUUCCUAAAAAAAUCUUCAAAGUUGAGGAAUUUCCUGGCUUGAGGGAGGCAGGGUGGACUCCUGAUCAAUGGGGUCAUUCUCGUUUUAAAACAGUAAAUGCUUCUGGUGAUGGUGCCUUAAAUCAAAAAUCUCUGACUACAUUCAUGCGCUCACUUAUAAAGGCAAUGCACGACCAUGUUGAUGCUUGGCCAUUCAAAGAUCCAGUUGACGCACGUGAUGUACCUGAUUACUAUGACAUCAUUAAAGAUCCCAUGGAUUUGAAAACGCUGUCCAAGCGGGUGGAGUCAGAGCAAUAUUAUGUGACCUUUGAGAUGUUUGUUGCGGAUGUCAAGAGGAUGUUUCUUAAUGCCCGCACCUAUAACUCCCCUGAAACAAUCUAUUUUAAAUGUGCAACCAGGCUGGAAGCCCAUUUCUCGAGCAAAGUUCAACUGGGUCUGCAAUCUGGUACCAAAAUCCAGCACUGACAAGAUAUCUGGUUAUAUUAUCGUUUUGUUCUAAAAUCAAAGAGGACAUGGAGGCUCACUCGUUGUUUUUUGGACGGUGCAGCUUCUUGUUUGAGUUGUUCUUGUCAUGCCCGUAUCUUUGUGGGACAAAUUGGGAAUCUUAAUCUUAAAUUAGAAUGAACCAAUGGUUCAUUUAUUCCUUGAUGUAGCAAGUCUAAACUGGUUAUGUAGGAAUGGUGGAUGAUUGCAAUUUGAAGUGAAUCUCAUGUGCAUUGGGGUGACGCCUGGAGUUCAACUGUUGUUUAAUUGUUGUAUUUUGAUGAUUCAGUUGUACUUUUGGAAUCUACUUUGUAUUUAUUAAAACAAUUAAAAAAAAAAAAAAAA